CGCAUGAGAAAAGAAUGAGAGAGAGAGAGAGAGAGAGAGAGAGAGAGAGAGAGAGAGAGAGAGAGAGAGAGAGAGAGAGAGAGAGAGAAAAAAAAAGCCAGGGGCAAGACUUUUAGACACCUCCUGGUCACCUGCAUAUUCAACCUGAAACUCCUAAGAUAUUUAUCCACGCAAUUACUCAUGUCCCCACGUUAAUUUCCUUACUUCCCUUUACUCAUUUAAUUUGAGACUCACCUAAUAUGUAAUAGAAGAGUUGUCCUUGACAAAGAAACAAUCAUUAUUCAUCCAGCCCUCUUUGUUUGCUCAGAAGAAUUUUUAAAACUAAAGUGUUUCAUUCAAGUAGAGACCCUGCGAGGAGUGUGUGUGUGUGUGUGUGUGUGUGUGCGCGCCUGUCGCACCCGCCUCCCCCACCCCCGCAGACCUUUUGGCAGCUGUGUGGGAAGGCGGUUGAAGCACUUUCCCAUGGCAGUCACUAUGCAGCACUUAGAAGGAGCUGACGUACUGAGACGUGCUCUAGCAUUUAUCGGAGACUAAGAGCUUGGACACACAGGGCGGUUGUAACCGAGCGGUUGCAACCGCUCGGUUACAUUUUCAAUGAUAGCCUAUGGAAUCGUUCACAUGUAACCGCGGCGGUUUGGUAACCGCGGCGGAACCGACGGGGACCUGGCAACCGCGCGGUUGGCCAGCGUGUCGAAAUACAUACAGACAUAUUACAUCGCACACACAGGGCGGCGCGCCGCUCGGUUUGAAGGCAUUGGGCGACGCUAUUGGUUGUGCGCCAGCCAAUGAGAUAACACGAUGUGCGUUACUAUGGCAACCUUGGGCUUUGCCUGAUGAAUCACGUUAGGUAAUACCACUCAGUCACUGCAGUACUGCUGAGGUAGACGUUAUGGAGCGGGAUCAUUUUGAUACGGAUUUAUUUAUCAAUGAGAUAGAAAAACGCCCAUCAAUAUAGGACAUGAAAUCUCCCCACUACAAGGACAGGGUGAUGAAGAAAAAACACUGGGAAGAGGUCGCUGACAUUUUCUGUCCUGACGGAGAAAUCAAGGAAAAACAGAAUGUAGGCCUGGUCUUGCAGAAAAAGUGGAAAAAUUUGAGGGAUUCCUUCUCGAAGGAAAUGAAAAAACAAAAGAGUCUUCCAUCUGGAUCAAAGGGAAAAAGCGGCACCUACAUAUAUUUCAGGAGGUUACAAUUUUUGGAAAGUUCAGUCGCUAGCAACGAAACUACUAGCAACAUUGAUGGAGAGGAAGAAGCACAAGAUGAUAUUGACACAACAGAACAUCAUAGAGCGGAAAUCACACCAGCAAAGAAAAAAGUGAAGUUCAAUUCAGGCGAUUUGCAUAUUGCUAAUAUUUUGGAAAGGAGUUUAUUGGCAAGGCAGAUGGAAACUGAGCAACAGAAUGAUGAAGAUAAACUCUUUUGCUUGUCACUCUAUAGCGAACUGAAAAAAGUGCCAGAAAAUAACCGCUUGAUGACGAAAAUUGAACUGUUACAUAUUGUUCAUCGUGCUCAAACACUCAACAAUCCACACAUCUAUAUUAAUCAGUCAUACCCAUAUCAUUACUCAGGAAACCCUCAUCAUUCACAACCUUACACAGUUUCUGGCUCUCAACCAGGCCACCAGACACACCAGAAUAUACAACCAAGUACAUCAGGAUACAACACAAAUAACUUACACAGUUUCUGGCUCUCAACCAGGCCACCAGACACACCAGAAUAUACAACCAAGUACAUCAGGAUACAACACAAAUAACAUACUAACACCACUUCCAGCUCCUUCACCAGGAACUGUAAGCCAAGCUUCUGAUACACAGUCAGACUAUAUUGAAAUGUUUGACUAAUUUGUUCACUGACAGCAAUCCUAAAUACGUAGCCUAUGCGUGCCACGGAGAAAGCUGAUGGGCUACUUGUGUUAUAAAAUAAAGUGAAUGGUCAUUUUUUCUUGCUGUGUAUUUUCAUUUAAAAAAUUAGUAUUUGUAUCCAAUGUACUGGCAACUGGAAAUUUAUAUGUAACUUUUUUCUUUGUUUUGUAUUAUGAACAACAACAACAACAACUUAUAAUAAAGUAUUCACCUUAAUGUUAUGACGAGUUUCUCUUCUGGGCAGAUGGAAUCCCUCAUCAUGGUGUUGGUUGAAGAUAUGUCCUCCUUGAUUAGUUCCAGGAAGUCAUCAAAUGAUUUCACCGACAUUCUACAGUAAUUGAAAAACUUUGGUUCAUGCUCUCUCAAGGUAGGGUACAGGGUGGUAAACAAGCCGUACGUAAGUCUAUCAUGUAGAAUCGGAUGAAUCUAAUGUUGUCUUUGCCUCUGCUUGCGCCGUUUCAAGCGGCGAUGUAGCAACCAAACGCAUGCUACUUCCUCCACAUCCAUCGUGACACUGCCAAGUAAAAAUUCAGGUGAAAAAAAUAACAGUGGGUCAACCGCCGCGGUUCCGCUGCGGUACAAAACGCCUUGUGUGGACAAUGCCAGCGUGAAACGCUCGGUAGCCGCCGCGGUUGAAACCGCCCUGUGUGUCCAAGCUCUUAAAGCGGGAUAGUAAUCGGUUGCCUUAGGGGAUAAGUGAAUCACUACGUUCCGGCCUAUCUAUAUAGAAUAGGAUUCUCCACCAUAGUCUGCCACUAAGUGUAGUUGUCAAUUACACACUACACCCAGAGAAGUGAGCAGUCACUGACUUUCCUGUGUGUUUGUGGGCCCUCUUUCAUAGUAGUUUCUUGUGUCUUUUGUUAAUAACCCUGUCUGUUUUAAAUGCUACUGCAGGAUGAGGCAGUUCAGCCACAGAGGACCUGAGUAAUCAGCCGCAUAGUAAACUUUACUCCCUCCCCAGGCCCUGACAAGGCUUUUUUUUUUAUGUAGGAAGGACACUGGCCAAGGGCAACAAAAAUCCAAUUAAAAAAAAAAUGCCCACUGAAAUGCCAGUCUCAUAAAAGGGUCAAAGCAGUAGUCAAAAAUUAGAUGAAUAAGUGUCUUCAAACCUCCCUCUUGAAGGAAUCCAAGUCAUAGGAAGGUGGGAAUACAGAAGCAGGCAGGGAGUUCCAGAGUUUACCAGAGAAAGGGAAGAAUGAUUGAGAAUACUGGUUAACUCUUACGUUAGAGAGAUGGACAGAAUGGGGGUGAGAGAAAGAAGAAAGUCUUGUGCAGCGAGGCCUUGGGAGAAGGGGAGGCAUGCAGUUAGCAAGAUCAGAAGAGCAGUUAGCAUGAAAAUAGCGGUAGAAGACAGCUAGAGAUGCAACAUUGCGGCAGUGAGAGAGAGGGUGAAGAAAGUCAUUUAGAGGAGUUGAUGAGACGAAAAACUUUUGAUUCCACCCUAUCUAGAAGAGCAGUUUGAGUGGAACCCCCUCCAGACAUGUGAAGCAUACUGCAUGCAUAGACGGAUAAGGCCCUUGUACAGAGUUAGCAGGUGGGGGGGGGGGUGAGAAAAACUGGCGGAGACGUCUCAGAACGCCUAACUUCAUAGAAGCUGUUUAAGCUAGAGAUGAGAUGUGAAGUGUCCAGUUCAGAUUAUAAGUAAAGGACAAACUGAGGAUGUUCAGUGUAGAAGAGGGGGACAGUUGAGUGUCAUUGAAGAAGAGGGGAUAGUUGUCUGGAAGGUUAUGUCGAGUUGAUAAAUGGAGGAAUUGAGUUUUUGAGACAUUGAACAAUACCAAGUUUGCUCUGCCCCAAUCAAAAAUUUUAGAAAGAUCAGAAGUCAAGCGUUCUGUGGCUUCCCUGCGUGAAAUGUUUACCUCCUGAAGGGUUGGACGUCUAUGAAAAGACGUGGAAAAGUGUAGGGUGGUAUCAUCAGCGUAGGAGUGGAUAGGACAAGAAGUUUGGUUUAGAAGAUCAUUAAUGAAUAAUAAGAAGAGACUGUGUGACAGGACAGAACCCUGAGGAGCACCACUGUUAAUAGAUUUAGGAGAAGAACAGUGACCAUCUACCACAGCAGCAAUAGAACGGUCAGAAAGGAAACUUGAGAUGAAGUUACAGAGAGAAGGAUAGAAGCCGUAGGAGGGUAGUUUGGAAAUCAAAGCUUUGUGCUAGACUCUAUAAAAAGAUUUUGAUAUGUCCAAGACAACAGCAAAAGUAUCACCAAAAUCUCUAAAAGAGGAUGACUAAGACUCAGUAAGGAAAGCCAGAAGAUCACCAGUAGAGCGGCCUUGACGGAACCCAUACUGGCGAUCAGAUAGAAGGUUGUGAAGUGAUAGAUGUUUAAGAAUCUUCCUGUUGAGGAUAGAUUCGAAAACUUUAGAUAGGCAGGAAAUUAAAGCAAUAGGACGGUAGUUUGAGGGAUUAGAACGGUCACCCUUUUUAGGAACAGGUUGAAUGUAGGCAAACUUCCAGCAAGAAGGAAAGGUAGAUGUUGACAGACAGAGCUGAAAGAGUUUGACUAGACAAGGUGGAAGCAUGGAGGCACAGUUUCGGAGAACAAUAGGAGGGACCCCAUCAGGUCCAUAAGUCUUCCGAGGGUUUAGGCCAGCAAGGGCAUGGAAAACAUCAUUGCAAAGAAUUUUAAUAGAUGGCAUGAAGUAAUCAGAGGUUGGAGGAGAGGGAGAAACAAGCCCAGAAUCGUCCAAGGUAGAGUUUUUAGCAAAGGUUUGAGCCCAGGAGGUAGUAAACGAUGCUACUUGGUUUAAGGCUGUAACACUCAGUUAGGCAAUGGGAGGACUGUUACGGUAGGUGGGGCCCAACAAGGUAUUAUACCUCGAUUAUUUGCGUGUUAUUUUGUGUUAACUCUUUCUCUUAGACAUGGUUGUCGAUUCUUCUGAAGCUGCGGGUGUUAAAUGCUGUUUGGAGUAUUUCCCUUGUCUGAGGGUAGGUAAAACAGACUGGCGACCUCACAUUAUUGUGACCUGGAGUUACGACUGUUAAGAAAAGGAUGCAGGAGUCACAAGGGACCAUGUACAUCUGUAUUUUAGCUCUGCACUCAGUCCACGUAGGAGGUGGCUCAGUGAAGCUAGUCCAGUUGCGGCAGCUUGGUGAAGGGGCUUGAAUUGUAGUACUAACAGAAAUGGGCGACCUUGCCAGGAUAGCUGGGAGCCUCAUCGCCACGUUAGUAAGAGUAUGUGCUCACAUUUAGAGUAAACCGUGAGGACAAGGCUAGUAGCAAGGAUCACUCACAACUUGAGUCCCCUGCCUCUGCUAGGAGCAACAGUGUACUCGUAGAUUUGGCCCAUUUCGAUGUGAGAACACUUAGUUUCACCCAUAGCGUCCACGGACAUGUUAGCCUUGCCUGUAGCGUUGGUGAUGUCUCCCAGACAGAAGGCAUGUCUGAGGAAUUGAAAUUCAAAUUGGAGAUGAGGAAAAUGGAGCUGGAAGCAGAAGCUGAGGAUAGGAUAAUGAAGACUGAGGAGAAUAGAGAAACUAAGAGGCUUGAAGGCAAGAGGGAAACUAAGAGGCUUGAAGCCGAGAGGGAAGCUAAGAGGCUUGAGGUUGAAAAGAAGAAGGAAAUAAGAUUACUUGAGGCGGAGGAGGCGAAGAUGUAUGAGAGGGAGGAGGCUGAGAAGAAUAGGAUAUUUAAUUUGGAGAAAACUCAAAUUGAAGUUAAUUCACCUCAUGGCUUGAGGAGAGGAGAAGGAGUUACAGAGGAUCCUGUAGGAAAGUAGAUGGUGAAAAGUUUGAAGUUGAUCUCUGAAUUUAAUGAAAAGGUGAUGGAGUGAUUUAGGAGAUUUCAGAAGAAAGCCUCAGAAUGUGAAUGGCUUCUGGAGAGAUGGGUUGGUCUUGUUGCCAAUAUGUUGAAGGGCAAGGCACUGGAAGUUUAUGACAGAAUGUCAUUUGAGAACUUGGAGGAUUAUGAGAAGUUUAAGGCUGACAUUCUGAGAGCUUAUGAACUCCAGCCAGAGGCAUACAGGCUGCUAUUCCGCGGAGGGAAGAAGAGGCCCAGUGACUCCUAUUUAGAAUGUGCUCGCUAUCUUGAGGAGAUAUUUUUGAAGUUGAUUGCUAGCAGGUCACCUCCUACCCCUGAGUUAAAGGAACUCAUGGUAAUGGGGCACUUUAUUAAUGAAGUCAAGAAGGAGUUAGUACCGUUGCUCCGCGAGAAAAGGUAUAAAACCUUGAAGGAGGCAGCUACAUGGACAGAUUACCUCGUGUUGGCGCAACGGCCUGUGCCACGAUGGAUUGGUGGUGCGUCUGGUGGGGCUGGUGAUGUUUUGUCUGGUGCCAUCCAUUUUUGUGUCAUGGCACUGUUGAGAUUGAUGGGAUUAUCUAGCCUGUUACAGUUUUGAGGGACACAGCGGCACAGCAGUCGCUGUGCAGGAAUAUGACUGGGCAGCGGCAGCCUAUGUGGUGGCGAGGAAUUAGCGCCGCAGAGAGCUUUGCCACGAUGGAGAUUAGGCUGUCAUGCCCGCUAGUGACCGUGGAGGCGCGGGUGGCACUAGCAGGAGACUUGCCAGUGUCUGGGGUCGAUUUCCUUCUAGGAAAUGACCUGGCAGGUGGAAGAGUUUGGGUGCUUCUCCCAUCCGCUGACACCGUCCCAGAUGUGGAGACUGCUGAGAGUGCUGACUCAGUUAGUCCUGUUGUUAUUCGUCCUAAGGUGAAGCUAGCAUCGCGGCAUCGGGUGCCCGCGAAAUCUGUGACUCCAGGGGUCGACUGCAAUGAGGCAGAGCCACCAUAAAAGGAGCGCAGUGUUUGUUUUGAGAUCACAGUGUGUCAGAGUGCCCAGAGCCCUAUCCUGCUUCCAGGGUUUGGAAGAGCCAGAGUUGGACUCAUCUUUGAGUUAGUGUGCUAGGGCUGACUGCAGAAGCGCAGAGCCACCAUAGAAAGCACCUGACUUUGUGGAGAGUGUUGCCAAGGGUGAAGUUGGAGUGAUGAGUUGAUGGGUUGUGUGUUUGAUGGCUUGCCUUACCCUGCGGAGUCUCUCAGAUGUGGCACUCAGGCGGAGUUGUCACUCUUUUGUAGUAGUUUCUUGUGUCUUUUGUUAAUGAUGUAUUUUAUGUGCGUGGAUGACACCUUACUCUACGACAACAGCAUUGAGGAGGCCUUCUGGCAUACCUACGAUUUCCUAGCGACGUGCGCAUCGAAAGACAUCACCCUAAAACCAGAAAAGUUCCAGUUCGCGCAGAGGGAAGUCAACUUUGUGGGUUUCUGUCUCGAGUGGGACGAAUACAAGCCUACAGACGAGCGCCUCGCGACGGUUAAGAGCUUCAAGAUGCCUGAAAAGCCCUCCAUUUCAGACAUAAGGUCGUGGUACAGGUUUGUAAAUCAGCGUGCGCCAUUCCUCGCCACAGCACCGAUUAUGAAUGACUUCAGGGAGCUCCUGAGAAAAACCCAUUGGGAAAACUGUGUACUGGGACGAACAACUGAAGAAGUUUCAUCAAGCUCAGGACACCAGAUGCCAACUCGCCCGGGGAGGCCUUGCAUACUACAACAACACACGGCCCACAGCAGCCAUCACAGAUUGGAGCAAGGAGGGCAUCGGAUUCGUCAUACUGCAGCAGUUCUGUCACUGUUCUUCCGCUGCCGCCCCUUUCUGCUGCAAGUCGGGGUGGCGCUUGGCUUUGUGCGGCAGCCGCCACCUCACCGCCACCGAGGCCGGCUACGCUGCUGUGGAAGGAGAAAUGUUGGCUGUAGUGUGGUGUCUCCAAAAAGCCAGGCUGUUCCUGCUAGGGUCUCCAAACCUCACCAUCAUCACCGACCAUCGCCCGCUCACGAAACUUUUAGGGGACAGAGCUCUUUUACAGAGGUAAUCAACCCGCGGCUCUUCCGUUUGAAGGAGCGGACCCUGCAGUACCAUUUCCAGGUGAAGUACCUGCAUGGAAAGAGAAACCCCGUAGCAGACUUCCUAUCGCGAUAUCUAGCGCUCAGAAGUCCCCAGGCGAAUACCAACGCUGACCUGGAGGAGGACCUCGACCAGGCAUUUGCGGCCGCCGUGAUUGCUGCAGUCGGACAUGAAGGACACAUCCUAGACGAGUCGAUCGUGAAACAGUUCGCCGCCAACGACCCCGUGUACCAGCUGUUGCUUGCCAAAGUAUCAGCCGGAGACUGGCACCAACACAAGUCACAGGCCUGUUUACGCCCCUUCUUUGGUGUGAGAGAGAUAGGCUAGCGGUCAAUCAGGACCUCGUAACGUACGCUUUCGAUCAGGGAUGUGUGCGCUUCAUGAUUCCCGAGCCUCUCCGCCCCCAGGUAGCGGCAAACCUGCACGCGGGUCACCAAGGGCUGGACUCCAUGCUAUGGAGAGCGAGGCAGUGUGUGUACUGGCCUGGGUUGGAAGGUGAUUUGCAAUAUUACAGAGCACCAUGCACGCCCUGCGAGACACACCCCUUUGCAGCCCUCUGAAACGCUCAUUAUCACGUAACCUCCAGAAUACCCCUUCCAAUGCUCAGUGGCAGAUAUGUUCCAGCACGAGGGACAGAUCCAAAUGGCUUACGCCGACAGACUCACAGGGUGGCUUGAGCUUGCCCACUUCCCAUGCGACGCCACAUUACACAGGAUCAAAACUCAAUUGAGGCGCUACUUCGCUCGGUGGGGCAACUCUCCACCGACGGAGGCACGAACCUAGCAAGUGAGGACAUGACCGAGUUCUUAGGUAACUGGGGCGUCACGACGAGCGUCUCGUCAGCACAAUACCCACAAUGCAACGAGUGAGCAGAUGCGGCGGUCAAGACUGCCAAGAGGAUCAUUUAGGCAAACACCGGCGGUGGAGGAACAUUGGACACCGGUAAAACUGCCCUGGCACUUCUUCGGUACCUGAACACUCCGUUAAGGGGGAAUAAAUAAGUGGCCCGUCCAACUCGCCGCGGGGAGGCAGCUACGCGACGGGGUGCCCACGGCACGCUGGCACCUCAAGGUGGACAGGCACUGGGGUAAAACGCUCCGUGAAAGAGAAAUACGAAUGGGAGAGGAAGGCAACACGCUGAUGGUCAACAGUAUACCCAGACGACUCUCGCCUCUCCUCCCUGGCACUUGUGUGCGGGUGCAAAACCAAACUUCGAAGGCGUGGGGAUCGGACCGGCCUAGUGGUGGAGGGGUUAGCGCACAGGCAAUACGCCGUCAGGUUCGAUGGUAGUGGCCGUAUCAGUCUCAGGAACCGGAAGCACCGGAGACCCGCCCUCGCCCCCACGCCACCAGUGGCAACGCGCGGAGGCGCGGGCCAGGACAAACCCUCCUCACCCCCACUCCUCACCCUCGCGAAAACCUACAACCCCACAGCCAACACACGAUCAGAAAACCUCCUAUAUAAAAAAUAGCAAUGUGGUCUGCCCACAGUCUUUUCUCUCUACAGUCUUUCCAUUUCUAACUAUACACCUUCCUCUGUCUAAACUCUUCUUCAUUCACCUUCUUUCUCUAAUUAAGGUAAAAAUAAAAGUACCCCACAGCCACCAUGCCCCAGGAGACAAGCUAAGCCCCCGAGGUGGCUGACCGACUUUGUCUAAACACACACACACACACACACAUACAUAUACACACAGUGCACUCACACGUACAUACACAGAGCACACACACACAUUCAGUGAUCACACGUCUGCAAUUUAGUGUUUUAUUUUUCAGUUUUUGUUUGUCCUUGAGCAGCUGCCUUUAGUUCCCUUGAUAUAUGUCCAUCACCCAUUCCACAUGUCAGAUCAAUGUGUUAGUAGGUACACAUUUAUCUUAAGGGGGAGAUGUUGGAGAUGUAAUAUGUACGAUACUUUUUCCCAAGUGUGAGCGUCGCCCAAGGCAGGAGUGACCGCGGGACGCUGUUGAGUUGCUGCGCUAUCAAAUAAAGGAAUGGAUAUGUGUUGCCGUUCCUCCUUCACCUACCACCCCAAGCAUCUUAUACUCUUGUAUUUGUUUUAUUUCCUAAAUUGUAUAUACAAUUAUUUAACAUUACAACAAUAUUUUAUAGGCUACAGUAGUAAUAUAAAAUUUAAGAAUUUGGAUGGCGGCGCAAAUUCUCUUUAAGGUCCCAUCACACCAGAGGCAGUCCUUACUACGCCCAGCAGGUUCUCAACACGUUCAGAAAAUUUUGAGGACGUAGUGGAGACGUGGUGGAAAUGCGAAAUCUCUCCACUGCUACGUAUCUACCAAGCCUUUACUGCGUACCUCCUUUGACACUACGAUAUCACUAGAUCAAAUCUGGUUUAACUACGCGCAUAACGCGGGUGAUCACGCUCCCGCCACGUUCACUAGGUUCCCCAUGCUCACUGGGUUCCCGCCACGCUCACUGGGUUCUUACCACGCGCCCAACCGGUGCGCAGUACGCUCACGUGACGCUAGUAGGAUGCGCUGCUUCCUGUCGCUUCAGGUUUUGUUACGAUCGUUACCAGGUUCUGGAUUACCGUAACCACUAAAACAACGACUGUAAAACCGGAUUGAGGUGUUGGUAGUGCCUAUUACCAAGGUGGUAAGGUUCUUGCUUGGGAACGUUACCAAGGUCUGUGCUUUGCCUUGGCUGGGAUUAAAUGAGCCAAGCGUCUGGCAGUGAAAAUAGAGCUGUGUCCGCACUUGGUCACUUGAAACUAGCUUUUGUCAAUCCUUACCACAC